UGUGGUACUUCUCUCGGCUGCACUUUCCCCUGACUUCGAUUUUCUCCGAGAUCGCAUCUGGUUACUAGAGGCCCUUGGGGACGAUGGGAGCCACUUCUCCAAGGAGCCGGGAGCCUCUCCUGCCGCCAGCGUUCCCUACCUUCUGCCCCGGAGGAGCCCUCCUGGCGAUUCUGGUGCUGCUCGAGCUGCCGGCGGCCUGGGGUCAAUGCCAACCCCCAGUGCACCUUACAUUCGCCAUGCCUACAGAACAGAUUGACAAAGAUGAGUUUCCUGUUGGGACAUCUUUGAAGUAUAAAUGCCGCCUUGGUUACUACAGAAGAGUGUUCUCUAUCACCUGCCUGCAAAACUCUGUCUGGUCAAGCCCUGAAAACAACUGUAGGCGUAAAUCAUGUGGAUCUCUUCCAGACCUCAUAAAUGGCAAAAUGGACAUCAACAAAGACACCCAGUUUGGAUCAACUGUUAAUUAUUUUUGUAAUGAAGGAUACCGACUCAUUGGUAAAUCCUCUGCUGCAUGCAUCAUCUCUGGCAACUCUGUCACCUGGGAUAAUGACCCACCUAUUUGUGAGAGCAUUCCUUGUGGGCCACCCCCGGCCAUCGCCAAUGGAGAUUUCAUUAGCACCGACAGAGAAUACUUUCAAUACGGAACAGUGGUGACCUAUCGCUGCAAUCUUGGAGAGAGAAGGCAGAAGCUGUUUGACCUCGUGGGUGAGCAGUCAAUAUAUUGCACCAGUGAAGACAAUCAAGUUGGCAUCUGGAGUGGCCCUCCCCCUCAGUGCAUUGCACCUAAUAAAUGCACGCCUCCAGUCAUUGAAAAUGGAAUAAGGAUGUCUGAGAACAAAAGCUUAUUUUCUUUACGUGAAAGCGUGAGGUUUAGGUGUCAGCCCGGCUUUGCCAUGAAAGGACCCUCCACUGUUGAAUGCCAGGCCCAAAACAAGUGGGGGCCGGAGUUGCCCAGCUGCUCCAGGGUAUGUCAGCCACCUCCAAAAGUCCCGCAUGGUAAACACACCCCAAGCCACAGGAACAACUUUUCUUCUGGGCAGGAAGUGUUCUACAGCUGUGAGCCUGGCUAUGAUCUCAGAGGGGCUGCUUCUCUGCAUUGUACGCCCCAGGGAGACUGGAGCCCGUCAGCCCCCAAAUGUGCAGUGAAAUCAUGUGCUGACUUCCUGGACCAGUUACCUAAUGGACAUGUACUCUUUCCACUUAAUUUUCAGCUUGGAGCAAAAGUAUCCUUCGUUUGUGAUGAGGGAUUCCAGUUAAAAGGCAGUUCUGCUAGUUACUGUGUCUUGGUUGGAAUGGAAAGCCUUUGGAACAGCAGCAUUCCUGUGUGUGAACAAAUCUUGUGUCCAAAUCCUCCUGAUAUCCUUAAUGGGAGACACACAGGCAAACCUCUGGAAGUCUUUCCUUUUGGAAAAGAAGUCACUUACACAUGUGACCCGCACCCAGAGAGAGGGAUGAUCUUCAGCCUCACUGGGGAGAGCACCAUCCGCUGUACCAGUGACAGUCAAGGGAACGGAAUUUGGAGCAGCCCUGCCCCUCGCUGUGGACCUCCAGGUCACUGUAACACCCCAGAUCACUUUCAGUUUGCCAAGUUGAAACUCCAGACCAAUGAAUCUGAGUUUCCCAUUGGGACAUCUUUAAAGUAUGAAUGCCGCCCUGGGUACCACAGGAAGUCAUUCUCUAUCACGUGUCUACAAAACCUCACGUGGUCAAGUGCCAAAGAUGUCUGUAAACGUAAAUCAUGUAAUACUCCUCCAGAUCCUGUGAACGGUGUGGUGCACAUAGAUACAGACACCCAGUUCGGAUCCAGAAUCAUUUUUGCUUGUAAUAGAGGGUAUCAACUCAUUGGUCACUCAGCUGCUGAAUGUAUUAUCUCAGGCAAUACUGUCUUCUGGGAUUCAGAGCCACCAAUUUGUGAACGCAUUCCUUGUGGGCCACCCCCGGCCAUCGCCAAUGGAGAUUUCAUUAGCACCGACAGAGAAUACUUUCAAUACGGAACAGUGGUGACCUAUCGCUGCAAUCUUGGAGAGAGAAGGCAGAAGCUGUUUGACCUCGUGGGUGAGCAGUCAAUAUAUUGCACCAGUGAAGACAAUCAAGUUGGCAUCUGGAGUGGCCCUCCCCCUCAGUGCAUUGCACCUAAUAAAUGCACGCCUCCAGUCAUUGAAAAUGGAAUAAGGAUGUCUGAGAACAAAAGCUUAUUUUCUUUACGUGAAAGCGUGAGGUUUAGGUGUCAGCCCGGCUUUGCCAUGAAAGGACCCUCCACUGUUGAAUGCCAGGCCCAAAACAAGUGGGGGCCGGAGUUGCCCAGCUGCUCCAGGGUAUGUCAGCCACCUCCAAAAGUCCCGCAUGGUAAACACACCCCAAGCCACAGGAACAACUUUUCUUCUGGGCAGGAAGUGUUCUACAGCUGUGAGCCUGGCUAUGAUCUCAGAGGGGCUGCUUCUCUGCAUUGUACGCCCCAGGGAGACUGGAGCCCGUCAGCCCCCAAAUGUGCAGUGAAAUCAUGUGCUGACUUCCUGGACCAGUUACCUAAUGGACAUGUACUCUUUCCACUUAAUUUUCAGCUUGGAGCAAAAGUAUCCUUCGUUUGUGAUGAGGGAUUCCAGUUAAAAGGCAGUUCUGCUAGUUACUGUGUCUUGGUUGGAAUGGAAAGCCUUUGGAACAGCAGCAUUCCUGUGUGUGAACAAAUCUUGUGUCCAAAUCCUCCUGAUAUCCUUAAUGGGAGACACACAGGCAAACCUCUGGAAGUCUUUCCUUUUGGAAAAGAAGUCACUUACACAUGUGACCCGCACCCAGAGAGAGGGAUGAUCUUCAGCCUCACUGGGGAGAGCACCAUCCGCUGUACCAGUGACAGUCAAGGGAACGGAAUUUGGAGCAGCCCUGCCCCUCGCUGUGGACCUCCAGGUCACUGUAACACCCCAGAUCACUUUCAGUUUGCCAAGUUGAAACUCCAGACCAAUGAAUCUGAGUUUCCCAUUGGGACAUCUUUAAAGUAUGAAUGCCGCCCUGGGUACCACAGGAAGUCAUUCUCUAUCACGUGUCUACAAAACCUCACGUGGUCAAGUGCCAAAGAUGUCUGUAAACGUAAAUCAUGUAAUACUCCUCCAGAUCCUGUGAACGGUGUGGUGCACAUAGAUACAGACACCCAGUUCGGAUCCAGAAUCAUUUUUGCUUGUAAUAGAGGGUAUCAACUCAUUGGUCACUCAGCUGCUGAAUGUAUUAUCUCAGGCAAUACUGUCUUCUGGGAUUCAGAGCCACCAAUUUGUGAACGCAUUCCUUGUGGGCCACCCCCGGCCAUCGCCAAUGGAGAUUUCAUUAGCACCGACAGAGAAUACUUUCAAUACGGAACAGUGGUGACCUAUCGCUGCAAUCUUGGAGAGAGAAGGCAGAAGCUGUUUGACCUCGUGGGUGAGCAGUCAAUAUAUUGCACCAGUGAAGACAAUCAAGUUGGCAUCUGGAGUGGCCCUCCCCCUCAGUGCAUUGCACCUAAUAAAUGCACGCCUCCAGUCAUUGAAAAUGGAAUAAGGAUGUCUGAGAACAAAAGCUUAUUUUCUUUACGUGAAAGCGUGAGGUUUAGGUGUCAGCCCGGCUUUGCCAUGAAAGGACCCUCCACUGUUGAAUGCCAGGCCCAAAACAAGUGGGGGCCGGAGUUGCCCAGCUGCUCCAGGGUAUGUCAGCCACCUCCAAAAGUCCCGCAUGGUAAACACACCCCAAGCCACAGGAACAACUUUUCUUCUGGGCAGGAAGUGUUCUACAGCUGUGAGCCUGGCUAUGAUCUCAGAGGGGCUGCUUCUCUGCAUUGUACGCCCCAGGGAGACUGGAGCCCGUCAGCCCCCAAAUGUGCAGUGAAAUCAUGUGCUGACUUCCUGGACCAGUUACCUAAUGGACAUGUACUCUUUCCACUUAAUUUUCAGCUUGGAGCAAAAGUAUCCUUCGUUUGUGAUGAGGGAUUCCAGUUAAAAGGCAGUUCUGCUAGUUACUGUGUCUUGGUUGGAAUGGAAAGCCUUUGGAACAGCAGCAUUCCUGUGUGUGAACAAAUCUUGUGUCCAAAUCCUCCUGAUAUCCUUAAUGGGAGACACACAGGCAAACCUCUGGAAGUCUUUCCUUUUGGAAAAGAAGUCACUUACACAUGUGACCCGCACCCAGAGAGAGGGAUGAUCUUCAGCCUCACUGGGGAGAGCACCAUCCGCUGUACCAGUGACAGUCAAGGGAACGGAAUUUGGAGCAGCCCUGCCCCUCGCUGUGGACCUCCAGGUCACUGUAACACCCCAGAUCACUUUCAGUUUGCCAAGUUGAAACUCCAGACCAAUGAAUCUGAGUUUCCCAUUGGGACAUCUUUAAAGUAUGAAUGCCGCCCUGGGUACCACAGGAAGUCAUUCUCUAUCACGUGUCUACAAAACCUCACGUGGUCAAGUGCCAAAGAUGUCUGUAAACGUAAAUCAUGUAAUACUCCUCCAGAUCCUGUGAACGGUGUGGUGCACAUAGAUACAGACACCCAGUUCGGAUCCAGAAUCAUUUUUGCUUGUAAUAGAGGGUAUCAACUCAUUGGUCACUCAGCUGCUGAAUGUAUUAUCUCAGGCAAUACUGUCUUCUGGGAUUCAGAGCCACCAAUUUGUGAACGCAUUCCUUGUGGGCCACCCCCGGCCAUCGCCAAUGGAGAUUUCAUUAGCACCGACAGAGAAUACUUUCAAUACGGAACAGUGGUGACCUAUCGCUGCAAUCUUGGAGAGAGAAGGCAGAAGCUGUUUGACCUCGUGGGUGAGCAGUCAAUAUAUUGCACCAGUGAAGACAAUCAAGUUGGCAUCUGGAGUGGCCCUCCCCCUCAGUGCAUUGCACCUAAUAAAUGCACGCCUCCAGUCAUUGAAAAUGGAAUAAGGAUGUCUGAGAACAAAAGCUUAUUUUCUUUACGUGAAAGCGUGAGGUUUAGGUGUCAGCCCGGCUUUGCCAUGAAAGGACCCUCCACUGUUGAAUGCCAGGCCCAAAACAAGUGGGGGCCGGAGUUGCCCAGCUGCUCCAGGGUAUGUCAGCCACCUCCAAAAGUCCCGCAUGGUAAACACACCCCAAGCCACAGGAACAACUUUUCUUCUGGGCAGGAAGUGUUCUACAGCUGUGAGCCUGGCUAUGAUCUCAGAGGGGCUGCUUCUCUGCAUUGUACGCCCCAGGGAGACUGGAGCCCGUCAGCCCCCAAAUGUGCAGUGAAAUCAUGUGCUGACUUCCUGGACCAGUUACCUAAUGGACAUGUACUCUUUCCACUUAAUUUUCAGCUUGGAGCAAAAGUAUCCUUCGUUUGUGAUGAGGGAUUCCAGUUAAAAGGCAGUUCUGCUAGUUACUGUGUCUUGGUUGGAAUGGAAAGCCUUUGGAACAGCAGCAUUCCUGUGUGUGAACAAAUCUUGUGUCCAAAUCCUCCUGAUAUCCUUAAUGGGAGACACACAGGCAAACCUCUGGAAGUCUUUCCUUUUGGAAAAGAAGUCACUUACACAUGUGACCCGCACCCAGAGAGAGGGAUGAUCUUCAGCCUCACUGGGGAGAGCACCAUCCGCUGUACCAGUGACAGUCAAGGGAACGGAAUUUGGAGCAGCCCUGCCCCUCGCUGUGGACCUCCAGGUCACUGUAACACCCCAGAUCACUUUCAGUUUGCCAAGUUGAAACUCCAGACCAAUGAAUCUGAGUUUCCCAUUGGGACAUCUUUAAAGUAUGAAUGCCGCCCUGGGUACCACAGGAAGUCAUUCUCUAUCACGUGUCUACAAAACCUCACGUGGUCAAGUGCCAAAGAUGUCUGUAAACGUAAAUCAUGUAAUACUCCUCCAGAUCCUGUGAACGGUGUGGUGCACAUAGAUACAGACACCCAGUUCGGAUCCAGAAUCAUUUUUGCUUGUAAUAGAGGGUAUCAACUCAUUGGUCACUCAGCUGCUGAAUGUAUUAUCUCAGGCAAUACUGUCUUCUGGGAUUCAGAGCCACCAAUUUGUGAACGCAUUCCUUGUGGGCCACCCCCGGCCAUCGCCAAUGGAGAUUUCAUUAGCACCGACAGAGAAUACUUUCAAUACGGAACAGUGGUGACCUAUCGCUGCAAUCUUGGAGAGAGAAGGCAGAAGCUGUUUGACCUCGUGGGUGAGCAGUCAAUAUAUUGCACCAGUGAAGACAAUCAAGUUGGCAUCUGGAGUGGCCCUCCCCCUCAGUGCAUUGCACCUAAUAAAUGCACGCCUCCAGUCAUUGAAAAUGGAAUAAGGAUGUCUGAGAACAAAAGCUUAUUUUCUUUACGUGAAAGCGUGAGGUUUAGGUGUCAGCCCGGCUUUGCCAUGAAAGGACCCUCCACUGUUGAAUGCCAGGCCCAAAACAAGUGGGGGCCGGAGUUGCCCAGCUGCUCCAGGGUAUGUCAGCCACCUCCAGAAGUCCUGCAUGGUAAACACACUCCAAGCCACAAGAACAACUUUUCUUCUGGGCAGGAAGUGUUCUACAGCUGUGAGCCUGGCUAUGAUCUCAGUGGGGCUGCUUCUCUGCACUGUACGCCCCAGGGAGACUGGAGCCCGGAAGCUCCCAGAUGUGCAGUGAAAUCAUGUGCUGACUUCCUGGACCAACUUCCUAAUGGACAUGUGCUCUUUCCACUUAAUUUCCACCUUGGGGCAAAAGUGUCCUUCAUUUGUGAUGAGGGGUUCCAGUUAAAGGGAAGCUCAGCCAGUUACUGUAUCUUGGUUGGAACAAAAAGCCUUUGGAAUAACAGUGUUCCUGUGUGUGAACGAAAAUCAUGUGGAAAACCUCCAGAACCCUUCAAUGGCAUGGUUUAUAUAAACACAGAUACCCAGUUUGGAUCAACAGUUAAUUAUUCAUGUAAUAAAGGGUAUCGACUCAUUGGUUCCCCUUCUGCUACUUGUCUCCUCUCAGGCAUUGAUGUCACUUGGGAUAAAAAGGCACCUAUUUGUGAGAAAGUAAAGUGUAGCCUCCCACAGAUUAUGAAUGGAAUCAAGAAGGAACUGAAAAUAAGAAAAGUAUAUCACUCUGGAGAUAAUGUAACUUUGGAGUGUGAAGAUGGGUAUACUCUGGAAGGCAGUCCCUGGAGUCAGUGCCAGGAAGAUGACCUGUGGGACCCUCCUCUGGCCAUAUGUACCUCUCGCACGAGUGAUGAGCUCAUAGCUGGCAUGUUCUUUGGUAUGAUCCUCUUGAUUUUACCUGUCAUUGUUUCCUGUUUGAUAAUUCUAAAGCGCAAAAAAGGCAACAAUACAGAUGAAAACUUGAAAGAAGCAGUUAUCCAUCUGCAUCCCAAAGAAGGCAGUGGUGUCCAUCCUCAUACUCUGCAAACAAAUCAGGAAAAUAUCAGUGUCCUUCCUUGACAAAGUACUAUAAAGCUGGAGAACACCUCCAAUUAAAAUGUUGAUUGGAAAAGAGCCAAUUCAUUUCAACAGAAUAAGAUCUGAGACUCAUAAAAUCUUUGAAGUGACUUCACAGAGAUGCAAACAUGUGCACUUGAAGAUGCUGAACCUCUACCAGUACCUAGUGGAGCACCCUCCUCUUAGCUUGGAUUAUGGUCACCCCUUCACCCUCUUCUCUUGUGCAGAAAGCACACAUUAUCUAGUCAGGGGAAAGC